AAUGGAUUGGAUUUGUAUGCAGAGCCAUAUACUUUGCCAGUACCUGAUAAGAUAGUCCUCCCGCCCUUUGCUAAGCAGGCAAUUGGAGCCAGACUUCCUUCCCUCUUGCCGUGGACAAUGAAGCUGUGCCCCACCAAAACCCGCAUUAUGUAAUCGCACCGUCAACCUCUGAGGAGGCUCUCACGGAAAACAGCCCUCACCAUAGCUUUUGGCGCCAGACGACAUCGAAUCUCCCCUGCAAACGGCGUGCAGCAGCGGUAUCCCGACUGGCCUCAAUCUCGAUUGACGAGGCGACUCUCCGAUUACUCAGCGCACACCGCGAUUGACCCUAUCUCCGUCCCGGCUCGACCGCAGCAAACCGUCCAUCAUGGCCCAAGAUAUGCCCCCUCGGGGCGGGUACGAGCCCGUCCAGUACAAGCGAAAUCUCCCCGCCAAGGGCUUCCGACCUGGAAUUCUCCUCCUCGGUAUGGGUGCCGUCAUGGGCUACGGCUGGUACAAGCUGGUCGGCGGUAUUCGAGAAGCCAAUGAGCUUGCUCGUGAAAAGAUGUGGGCGCGAAUCCACCUGAUUCCCCUCCUGCAGGCCGAAGAGGACCGUGACCAAGUGCGACGAUACUGGGCCGACCAGAAGCGCGAGAAGGAGCUGUUGGGCGAGAACACAAAGGUCUACAACAGCGACAGAUUCGUGCGACCAACAUUUGCCGUAUCCCCGGCUCCUUCGAAAUAAAUAGACUGAGGACGCAAGAGUGGACGAAUUGGAAUUUUGUAUAUAUACCACUAUGAGUGCGUGCCGCUUGUCGUUGGCUCGACUCUGUGAACAAGAAUGAGAAGAAAAAAUCCGAAUCAUGAGAACGCGUGGCGAAUAUCUUACUGGUCUCGUUUGUGCUAUGAUGCUAAAUUGACCAAUACAGAACCGCCCGCUGUCUAUUUACCUAUAAAAAUGGAAGAAGGGGGAUGAAACAAAAGUUAUAGCUAAUGUUACAGAUAAUCUUCACGCCAAAAACUGCCUCCAAGUGAGCAGUACUGUUAUAACACCC